AUGGACAGAUCCAACACUUUCUCCUCAAAACCCUGGCACCUCUACACACUAGAGGAUGACGCCCGCCUCUACGAUGAAGACUUCGACCUGGAGGCUCUGCUCUGCCCCACACCAUCAGGCGGCGUGCAGAAGCCAGCGGAGACCCAGGUGUCGCCCAACAUCCAGGACUCCUCAAACCCUGAGGACAGAAGUCUGGUCCAGGAACCUCCACCCCUGGAGGACAGCGCUCUGGUCAGAGAGCUGCGUCUAGAGUUGGAGCGGACAAGGGCCCAGCUUGAAGAUCAGGUCCAAAAGAACUUUGUUUUGGACUUCAAGUUUAAGGCUGAGGGGAAGAUGGCCAAAGAAAAGGCCUUGGAGCUCACUAAUGCUCUUCAGGAGAAAGACCAGCAACUCCAAGAAGAGGUUAGAGCACAUAAGCAGCUCCAGGACCUGUAUGAAUAUAAAGUACGGGAAAAUGCGCAGUUAAAACACCAGCUGGACAACUCAAGUGAAGUCAAGGGAAAGGUCAAUGAAAAAGAGUUGGAGUUGCAAAAAGUUACUGCUACUCUCCAGAAGAAAGAAAAGGAACUACAAGACCUGGAGAACAUACAUAAGAAGAUCCGUGUCCUGUAUAAUAAUAAAGUACAGGAGCACGUGCAACUCAGGCAAGAGUUUGCCCACUUCAAAAAAGUCCGAGAAAAAACAAACAAAAAAGAAUUGGAGUUGGAAGAGCUAAAAGCUAACCUCCUGACAAAAGAAAAAGAGCUGGAAAACGAGGUCAGUGCGUAUAAAGAACUAAGAUGUCUCUAUAACAAGUCGGCGGCAGACAAAGUAGAGCUCAGACAGGAGCUGGCCAACAUCAGAAAGGUCAAUGAGAAUUUGAAAGAAAAACUUGGAGAACUUACAUUAGAGAGCCACAGCGCUUGUUAUGAUGUUGGUGGAGAUCAAAUCAGCAAGGAAAAUGAAAACCUGUCCAGGAGGGUGCAGGAGCUGACUGCUCAACUCUUCUCAACACAAGAGGAGCUGCGUCUCCUGAAGCUAAAUCGUGAUCGUGAAAGAUCCAGCCACCCAAAAGUCAUAGUGGAGCAGCAGUGGAGGAGGCCGAGGCGUCAACAGCGCUAA